UAGGGACAACCUAAUGAUCGAAGGAGCGUGGCUGCUUAGGAAGAACACGCCCCUCUGCUUUUCUCCCCUCCGUUUCCUCACUUUCCAAGGAACAGAAAUCACAACCGACAGACCCACAUCUCUGUUUCGACCUCUCUUCUUCGCUUUUAGUGUACUUGAACAGCACGCACCAUUGCAGGCGACAUGCUACUGAGGAAACGAGGAACAGUUUCGUGCUUCAGGUCUCGAUGCGGUAGAGUUUAUAAUGCUUCCAAGAAGUUCUUGUCGUUGAAUCAGCCACCUCCGUGGCACGGUGCAAGUACCGGUAUCUCCUCUUUCAGCGAGGCUAACCAUGAAGAUUCAAGAAAACUUAACGACUUGCGACGAUCGGUCGACAGCAUCUGCAGUAUCUUAAAAAGGGGUCCUUGGGGACCUUCCGUAGAGAGUGCCCUUUCGGUGCUCGACGAAAUGCCGAAACCAGAAUUGGUUAUUGGGGUGUUAAGGAGAAUGGAGGACUUCGAUCUAGCUCUCCAUUUUUUUCGCUGGGUUGAGACAAAAACCGACCAAGCUCAUUGCCCGGAGGCGUACAACACGCUUCUCAUGGUAAUUGCGAGGACAAGAAAGUUUGAUAGAAUUGAAGAGAUGUUAGAAGAAAUGAGCCUUGCUGGAUUCGGUCCAUCUAACAGGGCGUGUGUUGAGUUAAUCUCGGUCUGUGUGAGGUCACGCAAGCCCAGAGAAGCUUUUCAGCUGAUUCAGAUGAUGAGGAAGUUCAAAUUUCGUCCUGCGUUUUCAGCUUAUACCACCUUGAUUGGUGCUCUUUCUGCAGUUCAGGAAUCUGAUCUCAUGCUUACUCUCCUUCACCAAAUGCAAGAGCUGGGUUAUGAAGUGAGCUUACAUUUGUUUACAACCAUUAUCCGUGCAUUUGCAAGGGAGGACCGAGUUGAUGCUGCCCUUUCUCUGUUGGAUGAAAUGAAAAGCAACUCUUUUCAAGCUGACAUAGUUCUGUACAAUGUCUGCAUUGACUGCUUUGGUAAGGUUGGUAAGGUGGAUAUGGCAUGGAAAUUCUUUCAUGAAAUGAAAGUUCAUGGUAUAAUGCCUGAUGACGUGACAUAUACCAGUAUGAUAGCGGUUCUCUGCAAAGCGAAUAGAUUGGAUGAAGCAGUGGAGUUAUUCAAACAGAUGGAUCGCAUCAGGGAAGUCCCCUGUGUUUAUGCCUAUAAUACAUUGAUCAUGGGUUAUGGAUCAGCUGGGAAGUUUGAGGAAGCAUACAGUUUACUUGAGAGACAGAAGGCAAAAGGGUGCAUUCCAGGUGUGAUAGCAUAUAAUGGCAUUCUUACUUGCCUAGGGAGGAAGUGUAGAGUGGAAGAGGCGUUGAGGAUUUUUCAUGAGAUGAAAAAAGAUGCAGCUCCUAAUCUUAUAACAUAUAAUAUCCUGAUAGACAUGCUUUGCAAGGCAGGGAAACUUGAAGCUGCAUCUGAAGUUAGGGAUGCCAUGAAGGAAGCCGGGUUGUUUCCUAAUGUAAUAACUAUUAACAUAAUGAUUGAUCGCCUCUGUAAGGCUGAAAAGCUUGAUGAGGCUUGUUCUAUAUUUGAUGAAAUGGAUCAUAUGGUCUGUAUCCCGAAUGCUGUUACAUUUUGCUCGCUAAUUGAUGGCUUGGGAAGACAUGGCAGAGUUGAUGAUGCGUAUAGGCUUUAUGAGAAGAUGCUCGAUUCAGGUCAUGUUCCAGACGCAGUCGUUUUUACCUCCCUCAUUAAGAACUUCUUCAAGUCUGGCAGGAAGGAGGAUGGACACAAGAUAUACAAGGAAAUGGUCCGGAGGGGCUGUUCUCCUGACCUGACACUUCUUAAUACCUACACGGAUUGUGUGUUUAAAGCUGGUGAGACAGAGAAAGGAAGGUCUUUAUUUGAGGAAAUAAAAGCUCAGGGAUUUACUCCAGAUGCAACAAGUUAUUCUGUUUUGAUACAUGGCCUUGUGAAAGCAGGUUUUGCAAAUGAAACCUAUCAGCUGUUCUAUGCAAUGAAGGAGCAAGGUUGUGUUCUAGAUACCCGUGCUUACAACACUGUGAUUGAUGGAUUCUGCAAGUCAGGUAAAGUUAACAAAGCUUAUCAGCUACUGGAGGAAAUGAAGUCCAAGGGUCACCAGCCCACUGUUGUUACCUAUGGCUCUGUCAUUGAUGGGCUUGCUAAGAUUGACAGGCUUGAUGAGGCAUACAUGCUUUUCGAAGAGGCUAAAGCGCAAGGAGUGGAGUUAAAUGUUGUAAUUUAUAGCAGUCUUAUUGAUGGCUUUGGUAAAGUGGGUAGAAUCGAUGAAGCAUACUUAAUCAUGGAAGAGCUGUUGCAAAAUGGUUUGACUCCCAAUGUUUACACUUGGAAUUGUUUACUCGAUGCAUUGGUGAAAGCAGAGGAAAUAGAUGAAGCCCUUGUCUGCUUUCAAUCCAUGAAAGACCAAAACUGCGAUCUCAACCAUUUCACUUACAGCAUCAUCAUAAACGGUCUUUGCAAAGUUAGAAAAUUCAAUAAAGCCUUUGUGCUUUGGCAGGAGAUGCAGAAGAAAGGUCUGAAGCCAAAUACGAUGACCUACACGACGAUGAUAUCUGGACUUGCAAAAGCUGGGAAUGUUAUGGAUGCUAAUGGGCUAUUUGAGAAAUUUAAGGCUAGCGGCGGCAUUCCUGAUUCUGCCACUUUUAAUGCCAUAAUAGAAGGGUUAAGCAGUGCAAAUAGGGCAAUGGAUGCAUACUCAUUAUUUGAGGAAACUAGGUUAAAAGGUCAUAAGAUUCAUACAAAAACAUGUGUGGUUCUUUUAGAUGCAUUACAUAAGGCUGAGUGUCUUGAGCAGGCAGCAAUCGUUGGUGCUGUUUUGAGAGAAAUAGCGAAGUCUCAGCAUGCUUCUAAACACUGGUAACGUGUAAUAAGUUCAUCCUAUUGCAGAGGGAGGAGGUUCUCUGGUUUGCUAGAAAUAGCCCCUUGAGCCUCAGGGAUCUCAUUGUGUUGGAGCAAUCACUAGGCCAUUCACUUACUGAGCCUCUUUCCAGCCUCCAUUGAGAAAAUGCUGUCCCUCUAGAUUCUUCAUUUCAGCAUCAUUGGUUUAAAGGUGCACCCUUGACUAAUCAUAUCAGUGACACACUUGUUAUUGUUAUAAUACGGUGAAUCGAAAGAGGCAUGCACAUUGAGUUGGAGAUGCAAUAUAUUUUUCUAAUGACUUGCCCAAUUCAGCAGGCCAAGUUUUAAAUGGAGCAUUUAGGCGGUGACAUUUUUCUAGUCUCGACUUUUUUGUCAAAUCAUAAGCUCUCUCAGACCAAAUAUGGGACUUAAAACCUCAUGGACUUCCUCUCUUGUAGCAUCAUUAACUUUCUUGUAAUGUCGGCCCAUCUGGUCUGGAUCAUAUUUGGUAAGCAGGAUUCUAAAGAUGGCCCAACAGGUUUGACAGUUGUUCGUAUCAUGUAUCACCUUGUCUUGAAUGAGUUUGAUAGGUGGCUCUCAUGUGUAGCUUUUUGUCUUGGGCGACAGUUAGUUCCUAGUCUUUCAGCUGGUGUAUGAUUUUUAUACCAUUUGUAAUGAUCAGACUUGACACAUACCAGGCAAGUGCACAAAAGGAGUAUACAGGUGGUAAUAGUUUGGCGGGGGGCUGGUGUACGGCAGGGGUGAAUCUUUAUUUAUGUAUCAGCUACUCUAUGGCCAGAUGCGGAACAUGGGAUGCUACAAUUUUUCUUGGUAUAGUUGCGUCAAGGUUCUUGGGAGGAGGCAACCUUUUGUUGUACUGCAGUUUACCUUGUUUUCUUUUCCAAAAUCUGAAAAAAAAAAAAUACUGUGCAUCGCAAGAGUAGGUGAAGUUUUGCAUUGUAAAAUGAAUAAUUAGGGCUGCAAGCCUGCAAUAAAAAUAUUUGUGAAGAUGAUCUCUAGUUUUACUAUAA